AUGGGAACUCAGCGCCCUACUGCGGCCAAAUUGGAUGUUCCUGAUCAUGUUCUUUACACAGUUGGAACCUGUAUUCUUGUAAUCGGAUCCAUUGGAAUUAUAGGCAACCUCUUAGUUAUUUAUGCAUUUUACAGCAACAAGAAGUUGAGGACACCACAAAACUACUUCAUAAUGAAUUUGGCUACAAGUGACUUUCUGAUGGCUGCUUCUCAGGCUCCCGUUUCCUUUAUCAACAGCUUGCACAAAGAAUGGAUACUUGGAGACAUAGGUUGUGAGCUGUAUGCUUUUUGUGGAGCACUCUUUGGAAUCACUUCAAUGAUGACUUUAUUAGCUAUUUCUGUUGAUCGCUACCUUGUGAUCACUAAACCGCUGCAAUCCAUACAAUGGACUUCAAAGAGACGCACGGCACAGAUCAUUGUUCUUGUCUGGCUUUACUCACUGGGAUGGAGCAUGGCUCCACUAUUUGGGUGGAGUUCUUAUGUGCCAGAGGGUUUGAUGAUAUCCUGUACCUGGGACUAUAUAACCACUACCCCAGCAAACAGAACUUAUACCAUGAUGCUGUGUUGCUGUGUGUUUUUCAUUCCUCUGUUCAUAAUAUUCCAUUGCUAUUUAUCCAUGUUUAUGGCCAUAAGAAAUACUGGCAGACAUGUUCAGAAACUAGGGUCCUACAGUCGGAAGUCGUACCUCUCACAUUCCAUGAAGAAUGAAUGGAAAUUGGCAAAAAUUGCUUUUGUGGUCAUUAUUGUGUUUGUUGUGUCCUGGUCUCCAUAUGCUUGUGUCACUUUGAUUGGAUGGGCAGGCCAGGGUGACAUCCUAACACCAUAUUCUAAAUCUGUGCCAGCUAUUAUUGCCAAAGCUUCUACAAUCUACAACCCUAUCAUCUAUGCAAUAAUUCACCCAAAAUACAGGAAUACUAUUCGCAGUGCUGUUCCAUGCUUACGAUUUCUAAUAAGGAUAUCAAAGAGUGAUCUUCUGUCAGGUUCCAUAAAUGAAUCCUCAUUCAGGACCUCUCUAUCCAGUCAUCAAUCCUUUUCUUCCAAGAAGAAGGCUAGUUGUCUUUCAUCAAUAUCUGCUGGAGAAUUAGCUUGGAGAGAUGUGGAGCUUGAACCAGUGGAGCUAGUUCAUAACAAACUGCCAGCUCAUAGAAGUAACUCUAUUUCUACAAGUCUGAGAGAAGAAGAGAGGAGGGACCUGCUGCUGAAGGCCUGUAGCUGCAAUGCUGUAACUGAAGAAAAGGCUUCACUCUCCUCCAGCUGCUUAGAAAAACUGCAUGGGAAGUCAGUCCUACCUAAUCCCCCCAGAGUUUUCGUUCCCAGUUCCUUAAAAACAGCUUCUCUGCCUGUUGCCUUGAAUAGUAGCAACAGAGACGGCUUGGAUACUUCACACAUGGAAACUCAAGGAAAUCAAAAAACUGGUAGUCUGGACUCCAUCAUUAGUGCUACCCUCCCACACAUCAUUAUCAUUCCUACCUCAGAAACCAACCUAUAUGAAGGACAAGCAAAGCAUGAAAAUGAAAAGGAAGAAGAGACUGAAUUAUUCAACAUUCAUGGCAAGAAUAGUAAUUUGUUGGACAUAGAAGGGCUUGGCUCUUCCACAGAUAUUCUGGAAGCAAUUGAGAAGUUUCUGUCAUAAGUGUAGAAAAACAAAAUGAUGUGUUAAUUAUUUCCUUGGCUACUUUGCUGUAUUUAUUAUACCAAAUAACUAAAGUCUCAUAGAUUAAAUCAUCAGACUUCUAUAUUUACAUGGUAAUGGUCACUAGACAGUCUUUGAAUCCACCUUUUCAGAUCACAUCAGGAACAGAAACAGACUUUUUAGCAUGUGCUGCAAGAAAUGAGCAAGGGAGUAUCUGGUAGCAAAGUAGACUGCGAUAGUUUAAAUCAGCCUUCAGCUUUCUGAAGCCUGUUGAUGGAUUUCAGUACAAGUGGAUGGACAGCAGGAAAUAAAUACUUGGUGCCCAGUGCAUACUUCUGUGUAAGUAGCCAGGAUGCGAUCUCAUGUUUCAGCAUCAUUCUGAGUACUGCUCUUCUGAGAAGGCAGUACUUCAGGGAAUAUCCUCACAGCAUACGUCUUUUAGUGAAAGUGUACACCAAAAUUAGUUCCAACCAGGAUUCUGAAAUAGCACUAACCAAUAUGCCAGGCCUACAGUGUUGCAGGACCCACUAAGUUCAAGUGACAAACUCUGGCAAAUCUCCACACACCUUUAUGAUCAUAUUACUAUUUUUGUCAAAUCUAUUUAUCUCUUGCUAUUUUUCUCUUAGGCAUUUUGCUAAACUAGCUAAUAUGAAUGUAGCUAUUAGAAGAGUGCUGUAAAAAGGAUAAGGGAUAGAGGUUUGGAUUAAAUCUGAACAUUAGUACAGCCAUUGAACCCAUCUAAAAUGAUUACUGACAGACUGUAGGAUACUAUACUACAAAAACCCUGCAAAGGCAUUGAAGAGUGGCUCAUAGUGUACAGUAGUGAGGGCCAGUCUUUGUGGCAGGUAUGCCACCAAUUAGUCCUGCACCCUCCC